AUGGGGCACAAGGACCAGAGUGAAGUCACCGCAGAGCCCGAUGACAUGUCUCCGGCCUCAAAGCAUAAAACACAGAGCAUCAACCACGAGCUGACGGACGGCUCUGCACACGCCACGCUCCAGAGCGCUCCACAGGCCGAGAGCGGUGACCAUGACAACGAGGAAGGCCAUCUGGUUUACCAUGAAGGACUUCUGCUCAAUGGAAAAUACGAGGUGGUGUCGACUCUGGGGAAAGGUGCGUUCGGAAAAGUGGCCAAAUGCUACGAUCGAGAACGCGGUGAGUUUGUUGCUGUUAAAAUUGUGAGAAACAUCGACUGCUUCAGUGAAGUGGCUCGGUCUGAGAUCACGGUCCUGGAAGAGAUCAACGCUCUGGACGACGACAACACGUUUGCCUGUGUGCGGAUGCUGGACUGGUUCGAUCACUGUGGUCACGUCUGUAUCGUCUUCGAGCUCCUGGGACUCAGUACCUGUGAGUUCCUGCAGCAGAACCACUUCCUGCCCUUCAGUCUGGACCAGAUCCGACACAUGGCCUUUCAGCUGUUCAGGGCCGUCUGCUUCCUCCACAGAAACAAGCUGACGCACACCGACCUGAAGCCUGAGAACAUUCUUUUGGUCUGCUCUGACUUCGAUCUCGAAUACAACCAAGAAAAGCGACGAAACGAGAAGACGUUGAAAAACAUCGAUGUGAAAGUCGUGGAUUUUGGGACCGCGACCUUCGACCACGAGCGCCACGAGUCUCUGGUGUCUACACGGCAUUACCGCGCCCCAGAGGUCAUCCUCGAUCUGGGCUGGAACCAGUCGUGUGACGUGUGGAGUCUUGGUUGUGUUUUGAUGGAGUUCUACCUCGGACGGACCCUUUUCCCAACCCACGACAGUCGGGAGCACCUGGCCAUGAUGGAGCGGGUCCUGGGUUCGAUCCCCGCCCACCUGCUCCAACAGACAAAAAAGAAACACUACGUCCACAACGACCGCCUGCAGGAGAACGUCACGAGCAGAGACCAGUACAUCCACGAGCACUGCAGACCUCUGAAGCAGUACAUGCAGAGCUGCAGUGAUGAGGAGAAGCAGCUGUUUGACCUCCUGUCCCUGAUGCUUCAGUACGAUGUAGUUCGCAGGAUCACCCUGGAGGAGGCGCUGUGGCACCCAUUCUUCAGCCCCAUCAGAGCCAAGAAGAAGCAGUGCAGCUAA